GUUACAUAUAAGAUAAACAAAGGAUUUCCUGGCAAGUUAUCCAAAAUGAGCUACUUGGAAGAUAACCAAAGGAGUUACUGGCAAGGUAAACAAAAGUUUUGCCAAGAUUUCCCAUGAUUUACAGAGAAUACUUAACAAGUUACUGCUCAGAAAUGCGUCUAAAACUGAUUAACACUGUACAACAAAUUUGGAAAAGAAAUGUCAGUAGCUUUUCCCAGCGAGCAACAUACGUAGAAGAGCUCAGAAAAUUGCAAAACAGUGGCUACUAUAUGGUUUAUGUGGGAAAAACAGAACUGUCUGAAAGACAUUUAAGUGGAGACUUUUCGCCUCAAAAUACCAGCCCGAAAUCCCAGCCUACAUGGAUCAUUAUUCAUGCUGGUGGAGAACUUGGUUGGGUUCCUUGGAACUACAGGAUGCACUUCUAUUUGAGUGGCACAGUGCUGAAACCAGACAAGGAAAUAUUCCAAGAGCUGUGUUCUGAGAUAUAUGACCACUAUGGGAAAUGUGCCAUUAUACUCAACCCAGAUAUCAUGAGUAAAAGGCAGAUCAAGGAAAAUGAAUUCUCUGUCUAUUCUACAGCUCCAGUGGAGCUUCUACCAAUGACCUGUUGUCCAGAAGUGGCCCAAUACCAUGGCCAUAUGAUGUUACACGUACCCAUGCACUAUGCGCAUCUAAGUCCUCUCAACACUGCAUGGAUCACUGCCAAAUGGUUCACGAUUAAUAACAGAGAUAAAUACACAGAUGUGUAUAACAACAGAAAUGGUUCGCAUAAAGUGAUCAGAUGCAGUGAUUUAGUAGACAGAGCACUAAAUGAAAUGACCCGAUGCAAAUGGGUUAAAGCAGCUUGCAACAGUACUAAACUUCUUAUCUGAAGAUGAGUUCAAACCCCAGCUCUACGAAGUCAAGUUCCAAGCAAGGCAGACAACCUUUAAGACUAUAAACAAAAUUCUCUCCACUGCUUAUCCUACUUGGAUGCGAGGAACCUGGUGUCUUUCCCAGGAGACAGGAGAUAGUAUCCCACUCAGACACUACAAACAAUUUAAAGAUAUCAAUCAGCUUAAAACGCAUACCUGCAAUGCACAUGAAGAUGAACUCUUCAUAAAAACGGUGGACCUGGGAGACGAGCUCCCAACCCUGGAGGUGUGAGGCAAAUGUGCUUUCCACCAUGCUCAAAAUAUUACAACAUAAAUAAAUAACAAAAUAAAUAUUCUCUG